AACCGAGCCGAUUCUUGGCAGAGUUUCCACCCCUGAGCUCGCUGUAUAUAUUCAGCCCCCCAUGCCACCCAGUACAGACUGGCACACCACAGAGCUGCUCGUCACACCCAUCCUGGUUCACUAUGGCAACUGAUCACCAGAACCCUACAACCAAGCAGAAGCAGUCAGGAUCCAGUGCUUUCAAGCUGGUAAUCUACGAACAGGAAAACUUCCAAGGUCGCUGCCAUGAGCUGACUGGGCCCUGUAACAACCUCCAGGAGGCGGAUGUGGAGAAAGUGGGCUCGAUACUGGUGCUGUGUGGACCGUGGGUGGGGUAUGAGCAGCCCGGCUGUAAGGGGGAGCAGUUUGUGUUUGAGAAGGGCGAGUAUCCUCGCUGGGAUGCCUGGACCAAUAGCCGACGUAGCGACUGCAUCUUCUCCUUCUGCCCCAUUAAAGUGGAUGGCCAGGAGCACAAGAUCGUGCUGUAUGAGAACCCCAGCUUCGCAGGGAAGAAGAUCGAGAUCAUAGACGAUGAUGUGCCCAGCUUCCACGCUCACGGCUACCAGGAGAAGGUUUCUUCAGUCCGGGUGCAGAACGGCACCUGGGUGGCCUACCAGUACCCUGGCUACAGAGGCUAUCAGUACCUGUUUGAGAAGGGGGAGUAUAAGGAGUGUGCCGAGUUUGGGGCUCAGCUGCCUCAGAUCCAGUCUGUGAGACGCAUCCGCGACAUGCAGUGGCACCAGAGAGGGGCUUUCCACCCCGCCAACUGAGCUUCAACCCGCAGCCUAAACAUAUCCAGCCUUCUCCAGCCGUCACUCUCCUCCUCUUCGCCUCCUCUUCGCUCCUGAACGCUGAUUUCUUCGAUGCCCCGUUGUGUCAGUGAAUCUAUUUGCUACUGCUAAUGAAUGAAUAAAUGAUUUUGCGUUAUGAGUUA